UGAGUAUGCUGAUUGGGAUGAGGUGGAACCGGAGCCUGCACCACGCUGUUCAAAAUCAGGUGACUCAGUUUCUGUUCAUCCUUCCGAUAAAGAACCAAGAUUGCAAAAGCUAAGUGAAGAGGAUGACAUUGAGCAUUUUCUUAUAACUUUUGAAAGAAUAGCAUGUGCAUGUAGAUGGCCGAGAUCUGACUGGGCAUUCCAUUUGAUUCCACUAUUGACGGGUAAAGCCAGAAGUGCUUAUGUACAUAUGGAUGUGGAUGCAUCAAUGGACUAUGAUCAUGUUAAAGCUGCUAUUUUGCAGAAAUAUGAAAUAAGCAGUGAGACUUAUCGUCUGAGGUUCCGUUCUCUUCAAGUUGAACCAAAUGAGUCCCCCAGAGAACUCUUUGUGAGACUAAAGGAGCUCUAUGGGAGAUGGGUCAGACCCAGAGGUAAGACCAUUGAUGAAAUUAAUGAAACAAUAAUCCUUGAACAGUAUUUCCGAAUGCUAUCGCCAGAACUCCAAGUUUGGAUCAAGGAGCGUAAUCCAAGGGACGCAGCAGAGGCAGUUUCUUUGGCAGAUGCGUUUGUGGCAGCCCGUCGAAGGAACCAAUCAUGGGUUUAUAAGGCUAUGAAAAAGGAUUAUACCCCUGCGCCAGGUAACACCAGUCCGACAGAGAAUGUUGGUAAGCCAUGUGGAAGGGAGAAAUAUUUUCCCAGUCAAACAAAAAAUCUGGGGCGGAAACCUGUCUGUUAUUUGUGUGGGAAAGAAGGCCACACAAAACCGGUGUGUCCACAAAAUCCAGCUAAACUCUCCCAGAUGUAUUUUGUGCCCAGAGGGAACCAUGCCCCAAACCCAAUGAACCAGCUGUUGGUGGAGACCACAGUGGAGAUAGAUGGACAGAAAGUUAAGGCUCUUAUUGACACAGGAAGCACCCAGUCACUGGUUCAUCGCAGAUUACCAUUUCCUGUUGUCUUGGGGAAUGAUUUACCAGUUCUCACUGACUUGAUUAACGAUCCUAAAAUGUGCAAUGUGGCAAUAACACGGUCUCAGUUGAAAGCUCCAAGGGAAGAUGAUCGCAGUUUAAGAGCUUUACCAUUUUUUGGGGCUGAGAUUGAAGCUGGCCCAACUAGAGAACAAAAGUCUCGUAGGCAGCGCAAACGGGACAAAUUUAAAAACACAACAUUUUUUGCACGAGUUGGGUUCCCUAAAGAAAUAUUGACAGAUCAAGGGACCAAUUUCAUGUCCAAGUUGCUCAAGGAUGUGUACAAGCUGAUUGGUAUUAGUAGGCUGAGAACAACGCCAUAUCAUCCACAAACUGAUGGCCUUACAGAGAGAUUUAACCAGACCCUUAAAAACAUGCUUCGUAAGUUCAUCAAUGAAUAA